AAUUAUCUAUGUAGUUUUUUUUAUCGAUAGACCAGCUUCAAAAUUUUUAAUGGAAUGCUUUAAUGGAAUGUACAAAAUAAGUACUUGCGCACUGAAGUGCUGAUACAGGUUAUGUAACAAGUGUCAGUUACGUAACCCGACCGGUGUGAACUUAGUUGAGAAUAGCCAAUGAACUAUGCAUUUGGGUGCAAGAUAGUUAUUGGAAUUGCUCGAAUUCAUCCAAUGAGAGUGUCUCCCGGAGGCUGCACGUGAUUUCUCUUCUGACAUUUGCUCACCCUUAACCAAAGAGCACAGCCAAUAACCACAGGUUAAGAAUAAUCGUUAAAGGAUCUCCCGGACGAAAAAUGCUAAAUUCAGAUAGCUCCGAAUCCGACUCCCUGCAACCAAUGUCUUUAUCUUCCUCAUCUUUCUCAUCUUCUUCGGAACAAACAAAGGAUAAAAUAUUUCAACUGGUGAAGAUGAAGCCCAAAGUUAUUCGGCCUAGCUGUCCGAUGGGUUAUCAUGAAGAUGACUCAUCAUCAACACCUGCGCCUUCUGCAGUUAACUUACCUGAAGCUCAAAUAGAGGCACAGUAUACUGCACUGCUGAUGGAAAUUCCAAUACGGCCGGAAAAUCAAAGAAGUACAACUUCCCGACUUCCCAUGGAACCAAUUAAUGAAGCAUCAUCUCGUCGGAAUUCCUAUUGCAUGGAUCCAGAAAUGAGAUCAUAUCACAUUGCAGGUACCAUCGUGGUAGGAGCAAUAAUUUUGGCCGUGGUCAUCAUGUUUUUUCACAUUUUCUGCUUUUAAAUUUCAAAUUACUACCCAAGCUGUUGAUAUGAGGUUUCAGUUUUCCCUUCAUUAGUUUGCAAAUAUUACUGCAUUCAGAACUGAAAGCUAUUCAAUUUUUGGAUUGCAAAUUUGUAGGACCUUUUUUUUCCUUGUGGUUUUCCCAUUGCUACAGAGGGAAAAUAUUUUCUUUGUAAGGUUUCAAAGCUUUUUUAAUCCUUCAAGCCAGUGUGUGAUAAGAAUAAGAUGUCAAAUAUAAUUCUCAGAUUAUUUGUGCUGUGUAAUCGACUUAUCGAAACAUUGUAAUCAAUGUAUGAAAAUAAUCUUUAAAUAUUGUCUCGGCGCUAAUAUUCAUAAAACUUCAAUGUUAACUUUCAAGCAAGAUGUUAUUUACUUUUCAACUCAUUCAUUUACAAGUACUGUAUUACUGUGCUCAAGGGGCUCCAAAAGCUCUCACUUUGUGUAAUGGAAGAAUUAUGGCUACAUAGCUAUGUUUAUGCUGCCAUUAUAUUAUUUCAAAUCUGUCAAUGUCCUCAAAAUGUGCAAUUUUAUGUUUGGAAAGAAAAUUAACACUAGAACGACUGAUAUUUUUACCUACCUAGAAUGUUCAUUGUUGUCAUUUUGGUCGAAAU